UGGUUCCUCACACCCCUCUGGCUUUCUCCCCCACCCCCCACGAAUUGCCGUCGAGACCUCACGAGUCACGAACAAGGGAGGCGCAGCGGAAGUCCAUAUCAAUGGCGAGCAAGAUCGCCUUUUGCUGAUGCGAAUGGCUGCCGUGACCGAGAAGGCGAUCGGGUCGGACGAUCAAUUCGUCCACGGCAAGUCUCCGGCGGAGGAGACUCAGACGGAGUACCAGAGGGAUGUGAAGAGGUUGGUUGAUAUGCUAUCCAAAUUAAACCCCUACGCCAAGGAGUUCGUCCCUUCCUCUGGGGCUGCUUCCGGCGAUGGCCAAAAGAAAUCUAACAACCGGCUCUCCGCCGAUGCGCCCAUUUUCGUGGCGUCGAGUGAUUAUCAAUUCAAUUACGCAAUCACUAGUAAGAAUGAUAGCAGUAAGGAUUCCAGCAGUGAUGGAUCGUCGCGUAAUCACCCUAAUAGCAGAAGAAGAAAUGGCUAUAGCCAUGGCAAGAGGAGACUUAAUUUUAGGCUUCGAGGGGCUGAAAAAGAGGAUAGCAUUAGGCGAACUGUAUAUGUUUCUAACAUUGAUAACGUUGUAACUGAAGAAAGGCUUGCUGAAAUAUUUGCUCCAUGUGGUCAGGUAAUAGAUUGCCGAAUCUGUGGUGAUCCCCAUUCAAAUCUACGCUUUGCAUUUAUAGAGUACUCUGAUGAAGAUGGUGCAAGUGCAGCACUAAAUCUUGAUGGGACCGUGUUAGGUUUAUACCCUGUCGGAGUUUUACCUUCAAAAACUGCAAUUCUGCCAGUGAAUAUAAAAUUUCUUCCUCAAUCCAAAGAUGAAGAGGAAAUGGUUUUAAGGACAGUCUACUGUACGAACAUUGAUAAAAAGAUUACUCAGUCAGAAGUCAAAAGUUUAUUUGAACAUGGUUGUGGUGAGGUUUCUCGUUUGAGACUUCUUGGUGAUAGUAUGCACUCAACAUGUAUUGCAUUUAUUGAAUUUGUUCAGGCAGAAAGCGCAAUUUCCGCCCUCAACUGUAGUGGCGUGAUGUUAGGAUCUCUUCCAAUCAGGGUGAGUCCUUCUAAGACACCAGUAAGGCUGCGUGCAACACGAGCUGCUUCAAACUGAGCCUCUGUUCCGAAGAGCCGAGGACAGAAUAUUUGGUUUUCUCAUUGCUACAAAUUAUCAUCUGAGAUCAAUCGUACUCAACAUGAGCAAAACCUUCAUGAAGCUGUGGACAGAGGAUCUUGUUUCAUAGCAUGGCCUCUCGCUUUGAAACUGAAACUUUCAUUCAUUUGUUUAUUUAUGCCGGAGAGGUCAACGACCUUGAUCGGUAACUUAUCUUAUUUCUCUGAUAGCUGCAGAAGUUUAGACGAAUUAGUGGGUUAUUUUCUUAAGGAUCAAUAUGAAGUCAUCUAUUUUU